UUUCAGAAAAAGUGAAACUGUCUCAGUAACGCUGAAGGAUUAACAGAGCAGUUACAACACAAUCUGGCUGCAGUCUAUUUGUCUCUGUGCAUCACAGAAGGCACCACAGGAUAUCAUUGACCUUACAGAUCAGUCGUUUUCACUAUCAUAACCCAAAAAUUGCACAAAGAAUGUGUGGUUUAUUGGGCGUUAGCUAACUGGCCAGUUAAGAACGACUCCACCUCCACUCUACUCAGAUGGCCCUUCAGUACAGUUCAGAUGAUGUAUGACACUUUGGAUAUGGAAAACCUUGGAGUUUUUGCACCUCUCGUGAGUGACCUAAAACUCAUGGAAACUCAUUGGCUACGUUUUUUGGGGGGGUAAAACUAAAGAAAUAUGAAAACAAUAAUAAUGAUAAUUUACCUUGACAUCUCUCAUACAAGUUACUGUACACUCUAAUUUGCAUAUUCUGGAACACCAGCCAGUUCAUAUCAUCAAAGCACAUUCCGGGUUCUGUUUGCUAGAACACGUGCCUUUGAUCGCUGAGAGAGCUCACACACGCACACACGUGUUGGAUCCACAUUCACUUGUUACUGGAAGUUAUCAGAUUUGAAAUUUCUGUAAUAUCAUCAUGGCAAAUAACAACUCUGAACCCCUGAGCGACACUAAGAAGGAAUCGCUCAAGAAGAACUUGAAGAGAAAAGUCAGAGAAGGUGAAGAUGGACUCUCAAAGACAAAGAGGAGAAGACUGAACUACAACCAGGCUGAGAAGGAAUCAGGAUCGGCCUCGUCUGCGGACACUGGCAAUGGGAGCAGCAGCACACAGUCCAGUAGGUGCGGUACAACAGUGGAGGAUGUGAGCAAGAGGACUGGAAAGAGGAAGGCUGCCGCUGAUGAAGAAGAACCCUGCGCGAAGAGAAGGAAGGGCCGGCCAACCAUGACGGAUUUGAUAGAUUCCCGAAGAGCUGAAUUUGAGGCCAAAUACCAGCAGGAGAAUCAUCUCGGCGAAGGAGGCUGUGGAUGUGUGUUUGCUGGCUACCGCAAAGCAGAUCAUUUACCUGUUGCCAUCAAACACAUAGCAAAAGACAAAGUGUUGUGCAAAGAGAGACGAAAUGGGAAAGAACUCUCAGCUGAGGUGGCUGUGAUGUUAAAACUCCAAGCUGGAAGAACUGGAUUAAUGGAGGAAUCAGCACCCGUGUCACUCCUGGACUGGUAUGAUCUGGACCAGGAGCUGAUCCUGGUGCUGGAAAGACCAAUGCCAUGUAUGGACCUUUUAAAUUACAUCAGGACAAACAGAGGCCACUUACAGGAGGACAAGGCAAAGAUCAUACUUAAACAGUUGGUUGAUGCAGCAAAUGAACUCGAGGAUAAGCGCACCUUUCAUCGGGAUAUCAAACCCGAAAACAUCCUGAUUGAGACCAGCUCAGAUGUGCCGCGUGUUCGUGUCAUUGACUUUGGACUGAGCUGUUUCUUCAAGAAAACAUCAGUUUACCGUGUCUUCUGUGGUACCCCCCAACACGUCCCUCCGGAGUGGUACAGUCAUUAUACCUACAGGCCCGGCCCCACCACAGUGUGGCAGAUGGGAGUGGUCUUAUAUGAGCUGCUCCACAGAACAGUCCGAUUUGAUACCACAAGUUUCCUCAGACAUGAGCUGCCAAUCAGGGAUGAGCUGUCCAGAGGUAAGAAAAACGUACUCAUAUGCAAACACAGAGCUGUUCAUUUCCAUUCACCUCCUGAGGAAUCACUGUGGCUGUCAGCUCCAACUUUCUCAUCUUUCUUUCCCUCCAGAUUGCCGGGAUUUCUUACAGAAGUGUUUAAACACAUCCUACAUGCUGCGACCUACCCUGAAGGAGCUCCAGCUUCACCCAUGGCUCAGAUAAACCAACACUACAUUCACAGUUCAUGCCAAUACAAUACAUUCACAAUACAAGAACUAAUUCUGUUCUUGUUUUUCUUCACCAGGACCGUCCGCCAUGCUUAUACAGGUUUUCUCCGGGUGCUCCGGUUAGACCAACUGCAGUUCCUUUAGGCCCCCCGGCCGUCCGCGGAGAGGAGGAUCUCUCUUUGAAUUGCCUUUCCCGAGGUUUCUUCCCAUUUUUAAUCUGGCCUCAAGGUUUUGGGGAGUUUUUCCUCGUCUUCUUAGAGAGCUUGGGCCGGGUCAGGAGCUGCUUAUGAUUUGUGCUUAUGGCGAAAGCCAUAUCACAUCAUAAGGAAAAAAAAUGGAUACUAAUCUAUCAACUGGUCAUUUUGUGAUAUUAAACUAGAAUAAUAAUAAAAAAGAAACAACUUA